AUGGAUGGCUCCAGCUUCUCCUCCCUCCAGAACACGGUGCUCGCAAUACCUCUGCCGCGACGGCCGCUUUUCCCGGGCAACAUCAUGCCGGUUUCCGUGCAGAACCCCAAGCUGGUCAAGGAGCUGCUGGAGCUGAAGCGCACCAGUGGGCAGGCGUAUGUGGGGGCAUUCCUGCGGGUGUCGGCAGUCUCGCCGCAGGGCAUAGAGGGGGUGCUGCAGUCCGAGAGUGCAGCCUCGAGCGACUCAAAUGGGUCGGCAGCAGAGGCCAAGGAUGCAGAUCUGCAGACGGUGGGCACCUUUUGCCAGGUGCACCACAUCUCGGAGAUGGAGUCUGGCAACGCCCAGAUGCUGCUGCUGGGACACCGCCGGCUGAAGCGCCUGCACACGGUGGCAGAGGAUCCGCUGAAGGUGGCGGUGGAGCACUUGAGGGACCAGCCGUAUAACCCCAACGACGACCACCUCAAGGCGACCACGCUGGAGAUCGUGUCUACGCUGAAGGAGCUGCUGCACCUGCACCCGCUCUACAACGAGCAGCUGCGCAGCUUUGCGGCAUUCGGCGGCGACUUCCACGACCUGUCGCGCCUGGCAGACAUGGGCGCCAGCCUGACGUCCGCUGACGAGGCUGCGCUGCAGGGCGUGCUCGAGGAGCUCUCCGUGCCCUCCCGGGCGGACGCGGUGCUGCUGCUGCUGAAGAAGGAGGUGGAGCUGUGUAAGCUGCAGGGGGAGAUAGGGAAGCGCGUGGAGGAAAAGAUCAGCAAGGACCAGCGCCGCUACUUCCUCAUGGAACAGCUGCGCUCCAUCAAGAAAGAGCUCGGCCUCGAAAAGGACGACAAGUCCGCCCUCAUCCAGCGAUUUGAGGAGCGGAUUGAGCCGUUCAAGGACAAGGUGCCGGAGGACGUGCGGCGGGUGAUAGAGGAGGAGAUGGCCAAGCUGUCGGGGCUGGAGCAGGCCUCCUCCGAGUUCAACGUCACGCGCAAUUACCUCGACUGGCUAACCUCGCUGCCCUGGGGCCAAUUCAGCGAAGAGCUGCUAGACAUCGAGCACGCCAGAAGGGUGCUGGACGAGGACCAUUAUGGUCUGGAGGAUGUGAAGGAGCGGGUGCUGGAGUUCAUAGCAGUGGGGCGGCUGCGCGGCAGCACGCAGGGCAACAUCCUGUGCCUGGUGGGGCCCCCUGGAGUGGGCAAGACAUCCGUCGGCCGCUCCAUCGCGCGCGCCCUCAACCGCAAGUACUACCGCUUCUCUGUCGGCGGCCUCAGCGAUGUUGCCGAGAUCAAGGGUCACCGGCGGACGUAUGUGGGAGCCAUGCCGGGCAAGAUGGUGCAGUGCCUCAAGUCCACUGGCACCAGCAACCCCCUCGUCCUCAUCGACGAAAUUGACAAGCUAGGCCGAGGGUACCAGGGGGAUCCUGCGAGUGCGCUACUGGAGCUGCUGGACCCAGAGCAGAAUUCGAGUUUCCUGGACCACUACCUGGACGUGCCCAUCGACCUCUCCAAGGUCCUCUUCAUGUGCACCGCCAACCUCCUCGACACCAUACCCCCACCCCUCCUCGACCGUAUGGAGGUCAUCAGGAUACCGGGCUACAUAGCAGAUGAGAAGGUGCACAUCGCGCGGCAGUACCUUGAGCCGCAGAGCAUGCGCGAGUCGGGCGUGCCAGAGGCUGCUGCCUCCAUCAGCGACGCUGCCAUGCACACCCUCAUCCACGAGUAUGCCAGGGAGUCUGGGGUGCGCAACCUGAAGAAGCUGCUGGAGAAGAUCUACAGGAAGGUUGCCUUCAAGCUGGUCAAACGGCAGGGCGAGCAAGCACAGACCAGCGCUGCAGGCGCUCCCACUGAGGGCGGCCCAGAACUUGAGAAGGCGGAUGCUCCCCCAGGUGCGGAGAAAAGUGGCGAGCCAGAGACGCUGCCCGCUGGGUCAGCGGUUGCAGAGAAAGCACUGAAUAUUCCGCUGCCGGCUGCAGCAGCGGAAUCAGCGCCCCUGCAGGACAGUGCCCCAGACUCAUCUCCUAGAGAUGUGGCGCUGGAGGGGGAACCGGUGACUGUGGAGGUGGAUGAGCUGAAGGACUAUGUGGGGCAGCCGCCCUUCACCAGCGACCGCAUCUAUGACGUCACCCCUGCCGGCGUCGUCAUGGGCCUGGCCUGGACUGCGAUGGGCGGGAGCACGCUGUACGUGGAGGCAGCUUGUGUCGAGACUGGGGAUGGCAAGGGCGGGCUCAGAACAACAGGGCAGCUUGGUGAUGUCAUGAAGGAAAGUGCGAACAUUGCACACACCUUUGCGCGCAGCUUUGCUGCUAAACAUGGCGUGCCCGCCAAGUUCUUCAGCGACUCCUCCAUCCACGUCCAUGUGCCGGCCGGUGCCACGCCAAAGGAUGGGCCCAGCGCUGGCUGCACGAUCAUCACUGCGCUGCUGUCACUGGCCCAGAACAAACCAGUCCGGCCUGACCUGGCCAUGACAGGAGAGGUCACAUUGACAGGGCGCGUACUGCCAAUUGGAGGUGUCAAGGAGAAAACACUCGCAGCCAGGCGAAGUGGGGUGAAGACCUUGAUCUUCCCAAAGGCUAAUCAGCAUGACUUUGAAGAGCUGGCAGAUGAGGUGAAGGCUGGAUUUGAGGCCCACUUCGUGGAGACAUUCCAAGAGGUGUUCGACAUCGCUUUUGAGGACUCUCAGCUAGAAAAUGCCUCACAAGAGGCGGCAAGUGCUGCAUGACAUUGCACCAACAUCAUAGGUUGCACAGACAUAUUUGCAAAUGUAGGACAAAUCAGUGCCAAUGCUAUUGCUGAUUGGUAUCAAACUUGGAGCGUCGCAAUUUGGUGAAAUAUCUUGAAGCUUGUGCAGUUUUACAAGACUGUAUUCCGGACUAUUAGAAUACUAGACGGGAAGGACACGGCCCUACUGUAUCAUCUUAAAUUAGCGCUUGAAGAACUUAGCGUUGAAUGCAACGGCAUCAGUCGUCGGCUCCAUGGUAAAAAGGAUUCACUUGC